AUGGGAUCUCUUUCCCAUGAGAGAAAAUAUGAUACCUUUGCUCCUCCCUCGUCUCCUUGUGCAUUGAAGUACAUCGAGCAUCAUGUAUCCAAGUUGGACACACUUGUAGGCGUCGCCAUAAAGUACGGUAUUGAGAUUGCAGAUAUCAAGAGAACUAAUGGUCUAACAACAUAUCUUCAAUUGUUUGCUCACAAAAUAUUACUUAUUCCUCUUCCUGGAAGACAUCCACCAUCUACUCCAAUUCAGUGUAAUGGUUCUCUCGAUGACAGGAUUAUGAAUUUUGGAGAGAGGAAUGAUCCUCCACACAAAGGAGAGAAGGAAGUUCCAGAAGGUGCUCCUUACUAUUUAGCUGGUCAGGCAUUCGUCAUAAGUGGCUCACUUGACAGUGACUUUCCUUAUAUGCAGCUCAGUGGCAUCAUCUCCCUGAGCAUUGGCCGGAUUCAGAGGCUUCAAAGAUUGUAA